GUUCUUUAAACAACAAAAACACAUGCAGGGUUAGGUUUGGCGGAAACACGCAGAUUUUACAUAAAAAUUACUCAUAAUUCUCUGCUUUUAACCGGUGGGUUUUUAAAAAGGUGAUAAUAUGUCGAAGAAAGACGCUAAUAAACAGGUUGAGGAGUUCAUAACCAAAUUUAAAAAAGAGGCAGAAACUCUAGUCACUGAUGUUUUUCCUCGUAAGAUUAUUCAGCUGGAAGUUAUUAAUCAGGAUAUGAAGAAGACAAAGAUGUCUGGUAUAAAAACAGAUCUGAAUAUUCCUGUUCCAGAUCCUGUAGCUUUCCACAAUGACAAACAAAACCAUGAGACAAAUUCCAAGAAAAGAAAGAUAGAUUUUACCACUGGUGAUAUCGAGGGUCUUACUGGUUCCAAAGUUUUAGUGUUACCAAAUGGUUCAGUACCAGUUAAUUCUAAUAUAUUUAAAUCUUGUGAAAAACUCAAGCCCUUAAUCAAUGAUCUGAUAGAACAUGCUAAUAUGGUAAAAAUGUGGAUCAGUUUUUUAAUUCCUAAAAUAGAGGAUGGUAACAAUUUUGGUGUAUCAAUUCAGGAAGACACAAUGGCAGAAGCCAGACAAGUUGAAAGUGAUGCUGCCACAUACUUGGACCAGAUUUCUCGGUACUAUUUAACCAGAGCUAAAAUAGUUUCUAAAGUAGCCAAAUAUCCGCAUGUGGAAGACUACCGACAAGCUGUUAUAGAGCUAGAUGAAAAGGAACAUGUUUGUCUGCAAUUAACCACCUGUGAAAUCAGAAAUCACUAUGCUAGUUUACAUGACAUAAUCUUCAAGAAUUUGGACAAAAUCAAAAAACCAAGGAACGCAAACGCAGAAAGUUUAUAUUAAAACUUGAAAUAAUACCAAGAUCUACAUGUCAAAAAGUGUUCUAAAUACUAAACAAAGAAUUGCCAAUUUUAUUUGACAAUGUUUUUAAGGUGAUAAGGGGUAUCCAGGAGCUGAAGCUAAGGAAUUGGAUAUAUCAGUACUAUAUAUUACAGGAUUUAUAUUUAGAUUACAUGGUUUUCGAAAAACUAUCCUGUUUUCGAAACUCAUACAUUUUGUCAUUGAAGCUGUCUUACAGUGACUCAAGAGACAUCUAUUGAAAAUAAAGCAAUAGCCUUAUAAUAAGUAAGUAUUUUACAUAGAGAAAUACCAUACUUUUGACAAAAUUUAUCAUAAGAUUUUUUCUGAGGACCCAGUUGGUCUCCAGUGGUAAAUAAUGCUCGUUGUUAAAACAGUUGAAAAUUUUACAGUUUUUGACUUGAUGUAGGGUAUUCUAGUUUUUAAAGUGCUAUAUUCAUUGUCUUUCCAAAUAUUCAUCUCUGAAAUAUUAAAAGUUUUUAAUUGUGUUGUUUUUACCCUGCCUUCCAUUAACUGAAAAUGUUGUUAGGGUAAGAAGAAUUUCAUAUGUUUGUUGUAAAUAUUGUAAUGGUUGUACAAUGGAAUAAAUAUAUACAUUACACGCUCAAUAUCAA